AUAAAAUCGAAGAAGAACCGCCUAACCCGAUUUAAUUAUUUUCAAUGGAGUCGACAUGGGAGCAAUCAAAUUUACGGUCCAAGUUUCUCCAAUCGGUUGAACCAAGUAGUUUGCAAAUUUCUCUCUGUCGUGCCUGUUUGAGAAGAGGAAAGAGUCUCAGAGAAAGAUCGGAGGAUGAGUGCCGAAGAUUUCGAGAAGAAGGUUUCCAUCUCAGAUUCCCUCGCCGGAGAUAUCGAAAUUGAAUGCGGCGUUCCCGUCGGCGGCUCUACUAGUUCCACGGGCGGCUCCGGCGUCGAAUCCCAAACCCUGGUUCUGCUUCGGAGACUGCUGGAGAUUCAGCAGCGUCGAGCUCAGGCUUACGCCAAGCUCAAAAGAGGAUUCUCAGAGUAUGUGGAGUCUAGUGCUGAAGCGCUUUAUCAGAAGCUGUGCAGCGAGAUUACAGCAGAGUUCAACGAGUGUUCGAAACAAGUGCGCGAGAUGGAAUCUCUGUUUCUGAAUCCAGAAGUCGGAAGAGCUGAUCUUGCUCAACUGCUCAGCGACAUUCAAACUCAAGAGAAGCAGAAAUUGCAUCUGACCGUCACAAUACAGGUACUGAAGAAGGCAGGGAGACCAUCAGAGCGGAUGCUGACACAUGAGAAGUGCAAGUUCAAGAAGCCGAUGCAGCACGAGUGUGUGCAUCUUCAUGAGAUUACAGAAGCUGCAGGAACAGAGGAAGCAGAGGCGGAUGCAGAGUAUGAUAACGCGCUAAAGGAAGCCAUUAGAGGAGUGCAGGACGCUGUGACUUGCAUCAAUGAGCAUCUUGAAGAUAUUAGGUACGAGAUUGCAGCCCUUGAAGCUGAUUAA